UCAAGAAAAUACUGUCAUUUCACUUCUUUUUACUGCAAAGCAAUGGUCAUUACGUCUUGAACCGUAUAUAUGAUGUCAUUUGGUGCUUUCGUCGUUUUAGAAUAAAAAAAAAUUCAAAGUAAAAAUCAUAAAUAAGAAUAUAUAAGUUUUGAAAAGAAAAAAAAACAUGGGUCUCAUUGUUUUAGAGCUAGUUCCAUAAAAUAUUAACUUUUGAGUAUGUUGAGAAAAUGAAAUGUUGUCAAUUCUCUUUGCAGUCCUUCGAAGUUUCGUGAUAUCUCAUAGAUUUGUUUUUGGAAUUGUCAUUGUUUUGAUAAAUGCACAUGUGCGGUCGUGUCACGAACCUCUUGCAAUAAAUCAAGGGGGUUGCCGUAACCUGAUGCUCGCUGAGUGAAAACAGAGACAGUGCGGGGCGGGCGGGCGAGUGUGCCACACGGACCCAACCCGAACGUAACGUAAACGUGUUGAAAACGAUACGACUCGCGAAACAAACGCGUUCACGAUGAUAAGUUGACAUGCGAUUCUCGUCUAAGCAUACAUCCAGAGUGUGCACUGAGAGUACCCAAUUUACGUUCAUAUUAAUGUAAGCGUAAGUCAUGGAGGGAAGUUUUGAUAAUGAUGACCCGUUUAUUUAUCGGCUCAACGAUAGUGGAUCUGGACCUAAUCUUCUCGUGAAGGUGUGUGCGGAGCGCGGAUGGCGCAUGUACCAGGGCUACAGCGGAAGUGAGGAGAGGUGGAAUCUUUGGUGGAGGUCCAGCGCCUUUCCUGCCGCAUGCUAUAAAACGCUUGGAGAUUGGCAGUUUAUGAAUCACAUACCAAAAGGCGGAUCCAUUUGCCGAAAAGAUAACCUGUCGCGUCUCCUGCGCUGUAUGAGAAGGAUAUACGGACCUAUUUAUGAUUUCAGUCCCCCCUGCUAUCAUUUGCCUUUGGAGUAUGCAAAGCUGGUUUCGGAAUGUUCGCGACUUCGCCGCGAUGAAGGUGCCGCGAGCAACAACGUGGUGUGGAUUCAUAAACCCGUCGCACAGAGCCAAGGAAGAGGCAUCUUCUUGUUUCGAAGCGUGUGCGAGAUGAGUUGCGGCACCGCUGCGGUGGUGCAGCGGUACAUCGAGCGGCCGCUGCUGAUCGCCGGCUACAAGUUUGACCUGCGGCUGUAUGUGUGCGUGCCGAGCUACCGUCCGCUCACGGCGUACAUGUACGCCGAGGGACUCGCCAGAUUCGGCACCGACAAAUAUACUUUGUCUGACAUCCACAACCCAUACAGACAUCUGACAAAUUCUUCAUUGAAUAAGACCGGCCCAAGAUACGCUGAGUGUAAGGACAGAAUAGGAAGCGGUUGUAAGUGGACCCUGAAGCAAGUUCGCCGGGCUCUCGUCGGAAGAUGGGGCGCGGUGGAGUGGCUAGCGUGGCAGCGCAUCAGGGCGCUCGUGACGCUCACACUCCUCGCCCAGGCGACCGGCACGCCUCCCGUGAGGAACUGUUUCGAGUUCUAUGGGUUCGACGUGCUGCUCGAUGAUGCUCUCAAGCCGUGGUUGUUGGAGGUAAACCUAUCUCCAGCAUUAGCGGCUGACUGUGAGGCGGACAUCACGGUCAAGCAGCCGAUGUUGCACGAGCUCUUCGAUCUGCUGGGGCUACCCAUGAAGCACACUGGUCUCUCAUUACUGCGGGGACCACCUAUGACUAGUUGCAGUUCCGAAGAUGAGAGCGGUGCUCCCCGCGUUGUGAACUCCCGCGCGGUGACUGCAGCGCCGCGCCGUGGCCCGAGGCGCCGGCGCAGGCGGCUGCUGCCCAUGCACUGCGUCACGCUGCAGCCACCCAUGGCGGAUAAAGUUAUGGAUUUAUCGGAUAAAAAUAAAGAAUUGAGUAGCGGCCGGCCGUACAAGUCGCCCUCUGAGCCUGGCACCGAGACCACCGACGUGCAGUCAACGUCAAGCGUGUCCAUAACACCAUCGGAGGCGAUAGACGAGAGUUGGCGCGGCGGAUACGCGACCGCCGCCACGCGCCGCCGGAUAAUGAGCGCCUGCUCUUGGGGCAAUGGAGUGCGCUGGGACCGCGCCAUAGGACGCGUCGGCCAGUGGGUGCGGAUAUAUCCGCAUAUUCUGGCUUCUGACGAUCAAGUUCCGAUGGAAGACGUCCGUGAAAGCGUAGCACAAGUGUCGAAGUUUGUGCGAGCAGCGAGAGAAGUGAGUCGUGAGAGCGGGCGCGACUCGCUCGCUUCUAGAGACGCGGCGCGGGACACUGUUUUCGAAGCCGCACUCAGAAAGAAACUUGAGUGCGGACAUCAGCUCCAAGUGUGGCAUCCGCCGUUCUGAAGUGUUCAUAAGUUAAUGCUGAAUAAAUUCUUGCCGAUAU